GUAGCCGUAGUGGUAGGGAGAGAACACAGGGCUUGCCAUCUGUUUUACAUUCCCAAAGCGCAAUCCUCUACGUGUCUACUCAGAAGUAAACCCUAUUGAGUUCAGUGGGACUUAACUCCAUGGUAUAUGAAAGAGUACUGGGAUAUGUAGAUAUCCAAACCUAAAUAUGGGAAAGAAGGCGGCCAAAAAAUCUGAAGUCUCUAAGGUUACUGAAGACAGGACUGGAGAUGUUGACUCUCAGAACAAGCACAAGUUGGCAAAACAGACAGAAACUUUGGAAAAGGUUCCUUGUGAACAAGAGCUACAAAGCUUCAUGAGACAAAUAACUGAUUUAAUUUUAAAUGAACUGCCAAAAGCGGAGGGCACCUUGCUAAAUGACUACACUGAGACAGAAUUUAUUCUGAUUGAUGGCGAUUCAUUGUUCAUCACCUGUGCAAGUGACUUGACAUUACAGCAAGGGCAGAACUUGCACUUCUUUUUCCUAGUAGAAUGCUUUUUGAUGGAUUUAACAAGCAAAGGAGCCAAAUGUAUAAUUGUUUUCUUCCAGGAUGCAGAAUAUUUAUAUCAAAGGAAUCCGUAUCUCCUUUCUUUGCGAACUGCAUUGAUACUCCAUCUUACCAACAACACUGAUAUUACAGUCCGGAUUGAAUUUUCUAACUGCUUAGAUGACAGCUGGCAGGAUUUUCUGAGAAACAACUUUUCAUAUUGCUUAAUAAUCUCUGAUGAAGGUCUGAAUCAGUGGCAGACUGAUUUUCUCCAUAUAUUUAUUAUUCAUGCCUUGUUCAAGGGAAUCAGUGUUGUCCUUACUUCAGGCCAAGAAUCUGAUGCAGUCAGAAUGUAUGGGUACCAUAUUCACAGUGGACAGUCUUACCGACAAUUUUUUAAACAGCACAAAGCAAAGAUUAAACAGUAUUUGAAAAUUUUACUGGAACCCUUGAAGAAGUCUAGCACAGAAGAAUUACUUUCUUCUUGUAGAUGUACGAAAACUAUGGAACAAAAGAUUGCCUAUAAAAUGUCUUUAAUCCGGAAGGGGGAAAAAGAUAUCCGACAUAUUGUCUGCAUUGUCUCGGCCUCAUUGGUGCUUGACAUGCACAGUAAGGAAUUACAAACUACCGCUAAAAAACAGAGAAGAAAAUUAUUAACACUACAAGAAGCUGCAGACCUCAUCAGGAUGUACUGCCUAAGUGUGGCUUUUCUACAUCAUUUACCACUUUCACAACGAGCUCAAGUUAGACUCAUUGGUAACAGCUGGAAUGAAGGAUCCAGCGUGUUAAUUCAAAAGCAUAAACAUUGUGAAUUUCAUGUUCUGAAAUAUCUUGCCCAUGAAACAUCACUGAAUGUGGAUUUUUCUACUGUGCCUGAUUUAAGUGAUAAUCUUGUGUGGAAGAACAUUGCACAUUAUUAUGAAACAGAAAAAGACCCAGAGUGUGAUUUGUAUAUAGGAUCCAGUAUUGGCCAAGAUUAUGAAUAUUUGUGGGAAAGUGUAUCAACGCUAUCUACGGGAGUUGAUGUUGGAGAUUUCUUUCCCCUGCGAACAAGUUCUAAGUGUUUUCUUACAACAACCUGCUCACCAAGCGAAGGGAAAGAAUCUAAGGUGGCAGUUCCUAAUCAAGGGCUUAUACCAGUGGCAUGUGCUAUAGUGGAUGAAUUUGCUGGAGAUAUUUUAAGUGACCUGCCAUUUUUAAAAAUUGAUGAUCCUGCUGUUAUCUUGCUAAAAAAACAGAAGAAAGUCAAAGAACGUUUGAGCUGGUAUUCAAGAAGACCCCUCUUUGAUGACUAUCCUGGAACAGGAGUAGCCGAAAACCUAUGGACCCUACAAAUCUAUCCUGAAUUGCAAGCAUCUCAGUGUAUUUAUGAACCAUUGCAAGAACUUGCCAGUUCAAAAACAAUUGAUAAAGAAGAGGAUAAUUCAAAAAUGUAUCGUACUGAUGUCAAGAAGAGCAAAAAAAUCAGAGAUGAAAAGAAAUCAAAAAUGGCAAACAUGAAGGCUUGCUUUGAUGUGUGGAAAGAACACUGUGACGAUGAAGCUUUUUCUUUUCAAGCCCAAAGUUGCAAAGAUUUAAAUUUAGCUGUUGAAGUUAUGAGAAGAAUCCACUCACUGAUCGCAAACUAUCAGGAUUAUUUGAAGAAGGUUGAUUAUAAAGAGAUUGUCAACUAUCUAAGGCAUCUUGGAUUUGAAAAUUUGAUAGUCACUUCAGAACACCCCAAGGUUUCAGGAAAAAAGGGAGAUGAUUUUUUAAAGAAGAACAAUUCAGUCUAUGCUGUUGGCAUAGGGUCAGCACGAUUUCAGCUACAGUAUAUGAGCCAAUACCUGAUAAGGGAAAGGAGAAAUGAUCCAGAUCCCAGAGUACAUUUUAUACCAGAUACGUGGCAGAGAGAAAUUCUUGAUAUUGUGGAUAAUAAUGAGUCUGCAGUGAUUGUUGCUCCUCCGUCAUCAGGAAAAUCAUGUGCUUCUUACUGUUGCAUGGAGAAAAUUUUGAGAGAUUGUGAUGACGGUGUGGUUGUUUAUGUUGCACCUACACAGGCUGUUGUUAAUCAAGUGGAGGCAACUGUUCAUAGUCGAUUUAACAAAACAUUUCCAGGCGGACUUGCUUUAUGUGGUGUUUUAUCACAAGCUUAUCGCCGUGCAGUCCUGAAUUGUAAGGUCUGUUAUCAUGGAGGACAUGUUAGAUCAGAAGUUUGGGAACACCUACUACUUAUGAUUCAGUGUCCCUUUUUGGUUCUUUCUGCAACUAUUAACAACCCAGAACAUCUUGCUGAGUGGCUACAGAAAGUAAAGAGAUACUGGAAGGAAUGUGCCAAAACUGCAGUAGUGUCGAACUCUGGCUCUUAUGCAACGGCUUCUCAGACAAACAACAGGGAAGGUGCCAAAGAAUUAUACAGAGUGAAAUUAGUGGUACAUAAGGAGAGGUACAAUGAUUUAGAAAAACACGUAUGUUCCUUAAAGGAUGAUGACUUCAGUAUCAACCAUUAUCACCCCUAUGCUUCACUGACUGCUGACCAUAUUAUGAAGUAUGGCUUCCCUGAGGACCUUUUUCUGUCUCCUCAAGAAACUGUUGAACUAUAUGACACUAUGGUAAAAGUCUGGAGAAACUGGCCAAGAGAACAUAAACUGAAUCCUGAAGAAUAUGUCUACUUUAAGGACAAGACAGUAAUUACAAUGAGAGAUGUAAGAUAUUAUGAGGAAGAGCUGAAGUAUGAACUACAAAUGUGGAUUGAACAUAAUCAUAAAAAGGAGAUGUCUGGGCGUGCUGGGCAACGUGGCCAUCACUUGUUGGGAAAUGUAUUUUUCUACAAUAUCUCAUUGUCCAAAAUAGGAACACUCAUGAAAUCUAACAGAUCCCAAAUUAAGGGUCAGUUUCUUCCGCGAAUUUCUAUGAUAUUGAGACUCAUGUUGUUUGCUUCAGAAGCCAGCGACAAAGCUGGUGCAAGAGAAAAGGUUCUGUCAUUACUGAAGAAUUCACUUCUGUCCUUUGAACAACCUCAGAUCCAGAAUAUUUUAAAGCUCUAUUUCCUGUUUUCAUUACAGUUUCUUGUCAGAGAGGUCAUAUUGCACAUGCUAGGUAUUACUGCUGCAAACAUUCCUGUCCUCUAUUCAAAAAAAUAUGAUAAACAAGGAAGAAGAAUGCCACUUAAUGCCUAUGUGCUUGACUUCUACAGACAUGGUUCUUUGGCAGCUAUGUCUCAGGAAAAUGGUCUACACGAAGGAGAAGCUUAUCGUUUGCUGAAGGACUUUGCCCUUAAUAUUCAAUCAAUCAGUGUUUCUUUGCGUGAGUUUUGUGGAAGUGAGGACCGCAAUGUUGUGUGGGCAUUUCAACAAUUAAGCAACCACUACUGGAAAAAACUGGAAAUGGUUCAGAAAAAUUAACCUGUGUGUACAUUGAAUUUGAGUAUGCUGGAAGACUAUGCAUUGUAGAUUGGCUAAUUCUUUAUAUGACUGGGAAGCCAACAGAUAGUGUUCGGGAUCUGAAUAGGAUAAAUCUAGUUUCAAACUUUUUCUUGGUCACUGAGUGAACUUGGGUCAAUCACUAUCUUUCAGCUUAACCUACUUCAAAUGGUUGUUGUGACAAUAAAAUUUUGACCCCGUAUGUGUUACCUCUUUCAAAUGAGUUUCAGUGAUUUAGUUUCUGGAGCGUAUCUAGCAUGACAUUUCUUUAUUUUGGGGCAAGAUCUAGUGUAAGUCAAAGAAGCAGGAUAGUUGUAAUUGUUGCACAAGCUAUUUUUGUUGUGCAGACCGAAGUAACAUAAUGGUACAAAACAGUAUACAAUAGGUCAACAUUACACAACACUUCUGCUGGCCCAAGUUGCUAAUUGGAUUUGGUUCAUGUGCCACACUAUGCAUGAAGCUCCCACUAGUGGAAUAGCUGUUGUCGCAGCUGGAUCUCAACCUUUAUAUAAGUGUAAGUUUAAAGAUUUUACAUUUUCAUAAAAACCAAUAUGCUUUAAUAUUCCAGCUCCAAAAAGGGCAGACUUGCUUUAAGGGUUGCAAGGAUUUCAGCUAGAUCAGUGUUGGAGACCUUUAAGCCUAGAUGUCCCCCUCCAGGCUUCUCUGCCUGGUCCUUGGGACUUUCCCUAGGCCAUACACCUCUCCUCAGACACACUCUAUUCCUCCAGGCCACACACACCACUAGCCUUACUUUACACCUUCCUUGACGGUUUUUACCUGGCUGAAAUAUGUCCUUGAACUCUUGAUAAUGACUCUUGCUUUCCUGAUGGAGGAUAUAGGUGUAUGUAUGUAGAAACUAGCCUACUCUACAAAGUUGAAUUAAAUUAAUUUCUCCACAUGCUUUUACCUCUGGUUCCACCCUCUAUUGGCAUGUGCUCCCCAGAGGGAAAGAUGGGCCAUCAGGCUGAAAAAGAUUUCCCACCCUUGAACUUGAUAAUACAUGUGUCAUGUUUUGAACAUGUUUUGAUAUGUUAUGCAAUUGUUAAGAAGUUGUUGUUAUUUCUGUUUUCUAUUUCGUACAAUAGAUCCAACAAUCUACCGUUCUGUCUGUAAGAAUGCUGUAAAAAUGAAAAUGUUUCUCAGUAUAUUCUUGAGUGUAAAUGUUCAAACAGUUGCCUAAAGACUAAUCCAGUGCACAUUGAUUUGGGAGCAAGUCUCCACUGAACUCCACUGCAUGGCUUUAAAAGAAGGUUAGACAAAUUGAUGGAGGAUAAAGCUAUCAGUGGCUACUAGCCAUGAUGGCUAUGUUCUUCCUCCAUAGUCAGAGGUAGUAUGCUUCGGAAUACCAGUUGCUGGAAACCACUGGAGAGGAAGGUGCUCUUGUGUUUAGGUCCUGUUUGUGGGCUUCCCAUAGGCAUCUAGUUGGCCACUGUGAGAACAAGAUGCUGGGCUGAUCCAGCAGGCUUUUCUUAUGUUCAAUGAGAUUUACGUCUUCUUAACUGUGCAUAGGCUCAGCUUACCUCUCCAGUAUGUCCUGUACCUCUACCAUCGAAGCUGCUGCUUCAGUUACGGCAAGUGGAGAUGCCAAAUAUUUCUUUGAGCUGGAAUAGCUGGUUAUCUGUACAGGUGAUACAGGUUAAUUUCUAAAAUAAGAGGAACCAUGACUCAAACUUGUCAGGAAUUAUUGCUUUCGACCUGAAGUUUUUUUUCUUUAAAAGCAAUGUGUGUUUAUGGGGAGCAAUGAUUUAUUCUCCAAGGAGAUUUGCCUGGCACAGAUUUUGCUGUCUUUUUAUUUACGCAGGUCUUUUAAUGUCAUCUUUCUGAUGUUGUUUUAAUCUGACAGUUUCUUUUUUUUAGUUGCAAAUGAGUUCCUGUUGCCGCUGUGCUUUAAAUUGUUUUUGUUCUUAUGUUUUCAUUAUCUUUUACUGUAAAGCACUUUUAAAUUCUCCAGACUGUCGACUCCAGAACAAAAGAUCAGUGCAAAGCAAAUUUACCACUAAAUGCAGGUUCUAUUCCAGCUGCCAUUCAGACAAUUGUUAAUCCAAUUGUCAUUCAAAAAGAAUGACACAAAUGGGCUGCAUUUGACUCUCUUACAUGGUAAACCACCUAAAAUUAAUCUCCAGCUUUGCUCAUAAAAAGUCUAAUGUUUCUCUAAACUUCUGCUCUGUGCCUAACCAGGAACGUGUGUUUUUUGUUUGUGAUCUGUGUAACAGCUGGGCUUUUAUGUUUUCAGAUAUGGAGAUUAGCCAUUGCUGCUUUAUCCUGUAUUUCCUAGGUGUAACAUGCUACCUGCUGCAGUCUCCAUCAUGGAACUGAGUCUAAAUGCUACUGUCGUGGCUACAAUACCAAGUAUAAUUUUUGUCCUUUUUUGUCUCCCCCCCCCCCAACUUGUGUAAUAUCUUGCCCUGAUGAACAAUUCUGAAGAACCCCUGAAAGAUUGCUCACUAUGUUGUGAUAUUUUGAUUGGUCCUAAUAAAGGUAUUGCCCAA